AUGAAUCGUCUGAAACCCGACCAACGGGCCAAAGUGCUCAAUUUCAUGCAAUGGACGCGCUCGUCGGAAAUCACCGCGAUCAGCUAUUUGACGCGCGCCAGCUGGAAUAUCGACGCCGCCGCCGGAAUGUUCUUCGACAAUCCGAAUUUGUUCGAGCAAAUUCAGCCGUCGGUGGAUACUCGAAAGCUCGAAGAGGUGUUCCGACACUAUUGGGACGCGCGCGACGAGAUGCCGAACACAAGAAUAGGUCCGUUCGCGAUUCAGAAGCUUCUCAAAGAACUCGGACUGCCGGAGCUCGAUCGUCGCGUGCUGAUUCUCGCGUGGAUUCUCAACGCGGCAGUCGAAUGCGAAUUCUCGCUUCAGGAAUGGAUCGACGGCUGGAAAUCGCAGGGCAUCGAUUCACUGGAGGGCAUGCGCGAGCGCAUCAACGGCCUCGACAUGGAAAUCGACACCGAUCCGCAACUAUUCCAGAAGCUCUACACGUUCACGUUCGUUUACGGCAAACCGGUGAGCCAGCGGAGUUUGAGCAUGGAGAACGCCAUCGCUUAUUGGCACAUAUUGUUUAAGGGUCGAUUUGCGGUCUUCGAGAAAUGGGAGGAAUUCCUCAAAACCGAGCACAAUAGCGCGAUAACUCGUGAUACCUGGAAUUUGCUGCUCGAUUUCCUCAUCACCAUCAAACCGGACAUGUCGAAUUACGACGACGACGGCGCGUGGCCGGUGCUCAUCGAUCAGUUCGUCGAAUACAUGCGGAAUAAGUUUGAUUUGCCGAAGCCUGAGCAGAAGCCCGAUCCGUACGCGAGCGUCGCACCCAGAUACAUGUAG